AUGGGCGAAUUCGUCAGUGAUUCCAUCACUCAUCGAGUGCCUCUACAAAGCGACGUUGUGGCCAGGCUUGGGGGCGAGGAAACUCAACCCUAUCAAGAUGAUAUGGAUAUCGAAGACACUCCCGUCCCUUUCCCGAUCGCGAUUGUUGGAAUGGCCAUGAGACUUCCCGGCGGCGUGAGCUGCGAGACGGAAUUCUGGGACUUUUUGAUCAACAAACGCGAUGGCCUAUGUAAAGUCCCCGAUACUCGAUACAAUAUUGACGCUUUUUACGAUGAUUCUAGACCGGGUAAGAUCCGAACAAAGCACGGAUAUUUUCUGAAACAUAAUAUCCGGCAUUUUGACCCAGAUUUUUUUGGAAUCAGUAAGAUCGAAGCCGCUAAGCUUGAUCCACAGCAAAGGAUGCUCCUGGAGGUUAUCUGGGAGUGUAUGGAGAAUGGCGGUCAAGUAGGGUGGAGAGGAAAGAACAUCGGAUGCUAUGUGGGUGUUUUUGGAGAAGAUUGGCUGGAUGUGAAGAUCAGAGAUCCCCAGGACCAUGAUAGGUAUCGCGUUGUUGGAACGGGCUCCUAUGCCCUCUCCAACCGGAUCUCAUAUGAGUAUGAUCUUGGAGGUCCAAGCUUGACUAUCCAAACGGCAUGUUCAUCAUCCCUGGUAGGACUACAUGAGGCCUGUCAGGCUCUAUACUCUGGCGAAUGCUCUUCCGCGCUGGUGGCUGGCACUAAUCUCAUUUUCACACCAACCAUGACCACAUCAAUGUCGGAUAAUCUGGUCAUUUCGAAGAGUGGUGUGUGCAGGACCUUUGAUGCGGCAGCAGAUGGCUAUGGUAGAGGAGAGGCUGUGAAUGCGAUUUUCAUCAAGCCAUUAGAUAAAGCAAUUCGGGACGGCGACCCGAUCCGAGCUGUCAUUCGUUCGAGUGCAACGAACUGUGAUGGCAAGACUCCUAGCAUCACUACUCCUGGGUCUGCAGCACAAGAGAGGUUAAUCAAAAGAGCCUAUAGAAAAGCCGGACUGGAUGUGUCCUCAACUGGCUUAUUCGAAUGCCAUGGUACAGGAACCACGGUUGGAGAUUUGGCAGAAACAUCUGUGGUGGGCAAGAUUUUUGGGGAUAAAGGAAUUCAUAUCGGAGCAGUCAAACCCAAUGUUGGACACUCGGAAGGUGCAUCUGGAAUCACGAGUGUGAUUCAUAGUGUACUGGCGCUGGAAAAUCGCACUAUUCCACCUUCUGUUCACUUCCAGAAUCCGAACCCCAGCAUCCCAUUCGAGCAGGCAAAGCUGAAGGUAGCAGUGGAGCCUACCCCUUGGCCGAAAGAUCGAAGCGAAAGAAUAAGUAUCAAUUCAUUUGGAAUUGGCGGGACAAAUGCUCACGUUAUUCUUGAUUCUGCUCCUUCCAAGCGGACUAAUGUUUCUACAGAUGUAGAUAGUCCACAGCUCCUGGUUGUCUCUGCAAAGUCAAAAGACUCAUUGGAUGGUCAGAUCAAACGUCUACAGGCAUAUCUUGAAACAACAACGUCACCUUUAGCUGACAUUGCAUAUACCUUGGGUUUGAGACGAGAACACCUGCCUCAUCGCGCAUUUUUGGUCACUCAAAGCGAUGGGAAAGUCUCGUCUUUUGAAAGGUCAACCUCGAUGUGUGCACCCAUCAUCUUCACAUUUACGGGUCAAGGUGCGCAGUGGCCCGGAAUGGGCAGACAGUUGAUCAAAAACGUCCAAGGAUUCCGAAAAGAUAUCCAGAUGAUGGAUCGAGUCUUGCAAAUGCUAAAGAGCAAGCCGCUGUGGUCAAUUGAAGAUGAGCUUUUGAAAUGUGACGAACAAAGUAGAGUGGCAGAAGCUGAAUUUGCACAGCCACUCUGUACCGCCGUUCAGAUUGCUCUUGUUAAUGUUCUUCAGACUUGGGGUAUUACACCUGAUGCAGUACUAGGGCAUUCCAGUGGAGAGAUUGCAGCCGGCUAUGCGUCAGGUGCAUUAUCCGCUGAGAUAGCGAUACUAAUCGCUUAUUUCCGUGGUCAGGCAAUGAAGAAUCAAUCUAAUCAUUCGGGUGGUAUGGCAGCUGUUGGCCUAGGCUUUGAAAAGGUUGAGCCUUUCCUGAAGCCGGGCGUCGUCAUCGGCUGUUAUAAUAGCCCGGACAGUGUCACGCUAUCUGGAGACAGUGAGACACUCAUAGAGGUUUUGGAUAACAUCCGCGGUGACAACCAGGACACGUUUUGUCGAAAGCUCGCCGUUAAUGUCGCGUAUCACUCGCACCAUAUGGUUGAAGCCGGUGAAGCAUACGAGAAGAUGAUCUCACCUCAUUUGUCUCAUCAGCCGUCAAUGAUUCCAAUGUACUCCACUGUUUCCGGGACAAUCAUUUCAGAUCCCUCUAUUCUGAGCCCCAGCUAUUGGCGCAGGAACUUGCAGUCCCCUGUUCUAUUUCAUACCGCAAUUGAAAGAAUUCUCAACGAUGACAGUCAGCCAAAGCUUUUCCUGGAGAUCGGACCCCAUUCCGCGCUUUCCGGUCCAAUUCGACAGUCAAUCAAAAAUGCGAAUACACAAGUGCAUCGAUAUACCCCAACAAUCAUCAGGGAGAAAGAACCAUGGAGAAGUCUUAUGACCACAGUUGGCAACCUCCACACACACGGCGCCUCGAUUAAUCUUCGCUCGGUAAUUCCCCAAGGCACAGUUCUGACAGAGCUUCCGCCUUAUUCUUGGCAGCAUAACGAGGAUUAUUGGGAAGAGCCUCGUAUUGUUCAUGACUGGAGAAAUCGCCAAUAUCCUCAUCACGAGCUGCUUGGGUCUCACACACUAGAGUCAAAUCAAUUGGAGCCAUCCUGGCGAAACAUUUUGAAGCUGGAAAAUGUUCUUUGGUUGAUGGAUCAUAAGCUAGGUACUGAUAUUGUCUUUCCUGCCGCCGGUUAUGUUGCUAUGGCAGGUGAAGCUGUGCGGCGAGUGACUGGAUCAUCAGACUACUCGCUGAGAAACAUGUUUAUUCGCAAUGCCCUGGUCCUAGAGGAUUUCACAGAGAUAAUGACGAAUUUGCGGCCUGAGAAGAUCACAGACCAUGCUGAUUCCAUGUGGUUUGACUUUACGAUUUCGACAUUUCAAACCGGAAAAUGGAAAAAGCACGUCGUGGGCCAGGUCCGUGGGGGGCCUGAUCAGGAGCACGAGCACGAUGUUCCCCCCAGAGAGACCCAUUCUCGAAAAGUUGAUUCAGAAAACUGGUAUCGCGCACUGAAAAAGCGAGGGUUGGACUAUGGCCCCCAUUUCAGGGGACUUAAACAGAUCACAGCGAGUGCAACCACGCAACAGGCUUCCGCGGUUUUGCAUAGCGAUGAGCCACCGCACGACAGCUACUACGCUCUUCAUCCAACCUCUAUUGAUCAAUGCUUGCAGCUGUUGAGUGCAGCAGCGACACAAGGUAUCUCGCGGCGAAUAACAAGGAUGUGUAUACCCACUGCCAUUGAGUCUCUAUAUGUUAGCGAAGGUCGUGGACCAAUGGACCUGAAUGUUUCCUGUGAGACUAUCGGUGGUACUAUGGAAGCGCAUGCGACACUAUUCUCAAACAAUCGUGUCUCACUCCUCAUGGAAAGGGGCUUCUUCUUCAGUAUCCAAGAUCCAGAAUCAGAUGACAUGAAUACGCUACUGGCAUCGAAUUUACAUUGGAUGCCGCAUAUCGACUAUCUGCCCCCUAAAGAACAACUCCCGCCCCAUGAACCGGUCUUCAAUGGGCAGACAAUGGCCAAGUUGACGAGUGUAUGUGUGGCUGAAGCAUACCGUCUAACGAGACAUUCAACUCCCACUUCGAAGCACCUUGAGAAAUAUCAUGUUUGGCUUAAAGACCUUUACCAGAAAAUUCAGGAAAAGUCGACUGACAUUGUUCCUGAGAUGAGGGAAGAGGACGUUUCAGUACUUAGCAUCUUCAGUCCCUAUGCCGAUGCAUUGAACAAGGAAGCACACGCGUCUCAUCCCAUGUUCAAGCCUACUCUCGAACUCUUGAAGAGAGUCUGUUUUGGGCUGCACGAUGUGUUGGAGGGUCGCAUUAAUCCUCUCGAACUUCUCAUGCAGAAUGAUGGGAUGAAAAAUUUAUUUGAUAAUAUGUCUGCGGCUGCACCUUGUGAAGAUUUCCUCGCACUAUUAGGUCAAUCCAAUCCAGCCGUUCGUAUCCUUGAGAUCGGCGCUGGAACAGGUGGGCUGACAUCCAUUGCCCUCAAGAGUCUCAAUCCAGACAGUGGCCGACUUUACUCACGGUACAAAUUCACGGACAUCUCACCAGGAUUUAUAGCAGAUGCUCAAGAGCGGUUCCAUCAGUACGAUGCCGUCGAAUAUGCAACCCUUGACAUCACUCGCGAUCCAGAAGAGCAGAGCUAUGUUCCGGAGAGCUAUGAUCUGAUCCUGGCUGGCAAUGUGCUUCAUGCGACGCCUCAAAUAUCCAGCACGCUACAGAAUGUCCGCAAGCUUCUAGCCCCCGGUGGUCGGCUACUCAUGCAGGAGCUCAGUGGAGACCUUCCCUCGAUCAAUUUCUUGAUGGGCAUUUUACCGGGAUGGUGGCUAGGAGGGAAUGACGGUCGGCCAGACAGCCCUGCAUUGUCUGUUGAGAGAUGGCAUGAAGAGCUGAUCGAAGCCAACUUCACCGGUGUCGAAGCCGUGCGAUAUGCCAAUGACAGACCACUGAGCCUGGUAGCAGUGCUCCUUUCGAGAACGAAAGCUGCCGAUGUGGAUGUAACAGGAGGGCAGAUUGGACUAAUUUAUUAUUCACAAAUCACGGAAUGGGGACGCGACCUUGAGAAAGCACUUUCCUUUGCAGGCUAUACAGUGAAGUGGUACACAUUGCAGGAAACACCUUCGGCUGGGACUGAUCUUAUUUCCCUCCUUGACCUUGAAGAACCAUUCUUUCAGUACUUGUCGGCUGAUGAAUUCGUCUUGUUUCAAAACUGCAUCUCCAAACUAGCCGAAUGUCAUCUCCUUUGGAUCACAAAGAGUCUCCAAAUCGCUUGUGACGAUCCUAGUUUUGCAUUGGUAUUAGGUGUGGCUCGAACACUUCGACAUGAAUUGAGUGUCAAGUUUGCGACUAUAGAAAUUGAUCAGUUUGAUACCAUUGCCACGACUUCUGUGCUCAAGGUUUUCCAACAUUUGAAGGUUCAAUCUCAUAGGUCGUGGCUUGAUCCAGAUUAUGAAUAUGCCCUCCAGGAUGGAAAGGUUCUUUUGCCUAGGUUUCAAUGGUCCUCGCUGGAUCAACAGCUGGCCAGUGUGCCACACCUGUCGGCAGCAAGGUCAUUGGAUAUCAAAUUCAAUGGAAUUUUUGAUUCGUUAACGUGGGCCAUUUCCAUGUCGCCAGUUUCUCCACCCGAUUUGAAAGAAGGUGAAGUUGAAAUUGAUAUGAAAUAUGUUGGUAUGAAUUUCCGGGACAUGAUGAUUACCAUGGGAUUUUUGGGGUCUACAGACCAACUUGGAUUUGAAGGCAGUGGUACUGUUCGUCGGGUAGGGUCUUCCGUGGAGCAUCUCAGAGUCGGCGACAAAGUCAGUUGCAUCUAUGAUGGUCUCUUUGCCACUCGAGUCAUUGUCCCAGCAUUUCUUUGCGAACCUAUUCCUGAAGGAACGUCUCUGGAAGAUGCGGCGGCCUUCACAGUCAUUUUUGCAACGGCAAUAUAUUGCAUGAUCAUUGUUGGAGACCUUAAAAAAGGCCAGUCUGUCCUUAUUCAUUCCGCGUGUGGAGGCGUUGGAUUGGCUGCAAUUCAGGUUUGCCGGAUGAUCGGGGCAGAGAUAUAUGUCACAGUUGGGACAAACGAGAAGGUCCGCUAUCUCACCAACGUCAUAAAAAUCCCAGCUUGUCGUAUAUUUGAUUCCAGGAGCACAUCAUUCCUGCAGGGCGUGCUUAGGGAGACGAAUGGACGGGGGGUUGAUCUGGUGCUCAACUCUCUGGCCGGCGAACUGCUUCAUGCCUCGUGGAGAUGCGUCGCCAAAUUCGGGAAAAUGGUCGAAAUUGGAAAGCGAGACUUCUUGGGCCACGGUAAACUUGACAUGAGAGCCUUCCUUGAACACCGCUCCUUCUGUGGGGUGGAUCUCAGAAUGUUAUCUCUUGAGUUUCCGAUGGUCCUUCGAGACCUUCUUGACCGGUUUAUGGACUACUUCAGGCAAGGGAAAUUAACGCGCAUUGAGCCGGUCACUGUUUUUGAAGCUCGUGACGUUAUCAAAGCCUUUCGCUAUAUGCAAACAGGCCAACAUAUGGGUAAGGUUGUUGUUCGAAUGCCAGAAGAUCCAGAAAGUCUGCCAAUAACCGGGAUACAUAGCAGCGUUUCUAUCUUCAGACCAGACGUCUCGUAUCUUUUGAUCGGCGGGCUCGGGGGACUUGGUCGAGCGAUCAGCACUUGGAUGGUGGAAAAGGGCGCCCGCAAUUUCAUCUUCUUGUCUCGGUCCGGUGCUGAAUCCCUUCAUACCCAGGCCUUCAUUCAAGACCUAGAAAAUCAAGGUAUGGUUAGCGUGACGGUGGUUACAGGUGAUGUCGCCGUGGAAGCAGACCUCCACCGGGCUAUUUCAGCAGCAAAAUGCCCCAUCGCAGGUGUUUUCCAGAUGGCAAUGGUACUCAAGGAUCAGAUGUUCUCCAAAAUGACACACGAAGAAUGGACGGCUGCCCUGAAGCCCAAGGUGCAAGGGACUUGGAAUCUCCAUUAUAAUUUCCAAAGUACGCCACUCGAUUUCUUUGUUCUUGUCAGUUCCGUCACGGGUGUCAUGGGAUUUGGCAGUCAGACAAACUACGCUGCAGCCAAUACUUUUCUCGAUUCGUUUGUGAAGUAUCGUCAUUCUCAUAAGCUACCGGCAAGUGUACUUGACCUUGGUUUUAUGGGGGACAUUGGUUACGCAGCCGAGAAGAGCCCACAAGCGUUGAAAGUCUUCAAUACCCUUGAUGGCCAAAUUUUGGAAGAAAGGCAUCUGCUUCAAGCUUUGGAGAUCUCCAUCUUUUCUCAAUUCUCUCAUCCGUCAUCGCAACUUAUUGUGGGAAUGGGGACACGGAGCCUAGGUACAAAUUCCCUUGUGCAAGAAGGUCGUUUCAUCCGUUGGCGGAAUGUUGCUGUCAGUGGGAAAGCGACAACCGUCACUCGAUCUCACGCACUAAGCUCUCUUCUGGAUGAAAUUCGUGACAAUCCCGAGCUUCUGAAUGAUGAGGCCACUCACGACAAAAUUACUGUUGAGUUGGGCAAGGUUGUUGCUUCUCAUCUUGCCUAUGCGGAGGAUAUGAGCAAAGAGGAACUCGCCAAUAUUGCAAUCGAUUCGUUGAUGGGCAUUGAAAUACGCAGUUGGCUUCGUCGUAACACGGGUAUUGAUAUUUCUCUGGUAGAGAUAGCGAAUGCUGGUACCGUUGGAGGCCUUGCCGAUGUUGCAGUUAAGAUCUUGCGCAAGAAGUAUUUGGAUGGAGAAGAAAACCCCAGCACAUCUACUCAACCAUCAUCAGAGGAACCGGAUGAAUUGGCAGUAUGUUUGGAAGACAUGAAACUAGGCAUCAACUUGCGGCCUAUUGCUGGAACUAUCCCGGACUGGUGCUCGGAUUCAGAGGGAAGAAUCUUCCUGACUGGUGCAACAGGAUUCGUGGGUGCCUUUUUCCUGCAGGAUCUUCUUGCCCUCCCACAUGUCAAGAACGUCACUUGCCUAGUUCGAACCACAGAUCCCGAAUCAGGCAAGCGGCGAAUUGAAAAUACAUUUGCCCGAUAUUCUCUGCCCAUGAAUUUUCUGAGCAAGGUGACUGUGGUCCCGGGAAAUAUCGCAUAUCCGAACUUGGGAAUGUCAAAGGAAGACUUUGAUCAUCACGCACAGGCAUCAAGUGCCGCCUUCCACAUUGCGGCCCAUGUCAACUACACCCUUCCUUACUCUGCUCAUCGAGAGGGUAAUAUCACUGGACUCCUUAAUGUGUUGAAGUUUGUCAAUGCUGGUCGUCUCAAGGCUUUGCAUUAUUGGUCCAGUAUCUCGGCUUGCGGUAUUCCUUUCCUCUCUGGAGGUGCUAUCCCAGAGGACAAAAGGGCGGUGUUGGAUCGUCAAUCCUUUGAUUUGCAUACGGGAUAUACCAGGAGCAAACUCGUCGCCGAGAGCAUAGUAUGGAAUGCAAUUGGGAACGGUUUCCCUAUAUCCAUCUAUCGCCCAGGGUUUGUGAUGGGCGACAGCGUCACAGGAGUUGAUAAGCCCGAAGACCUAACCAGUCGCCUAAUGAUCAACUGUAUCCAACUCGGAGCGUUUCCUACCUCGCCUCCGCAACUCACCCACUUCGUCCCAGUCGACUAUCUAUGCGCAGCAAUCUUGCAUAUCUCGCAGUCUUCAAAAAGCCACGGUCACGCCUUCAAUGUGCUUUAUCCUCAAGAUGAAUCCAUAACCUUUGCUGAUACCUUCAACAUUAUAAGCGAUUGCUGUCCCACUCCCCUACAAGAGAUCUCUGCAAGCAAGUGGCUGCAGUUGUUCCGGGAAGGUGGCAAGAAAGGCAUGAAAGUGGCCACUCCUAUGCUCCAGGAAAGCCUGGCGGACAGCCUAAUUUGGUGGGAUACAAGCAACGGAAUGUCCACGUAUGAAACCACAAAUCUGCGCAAAGCACUGGCAGAUUCGCCCGAGACCUCGAACUUCAAGUCUAUGCCGGAUCUGCUCAAGACAUACUAUAACCAUUGGAAGAUUACGGCUGUGGAGGAGAGUGGUGGCACUGUCUGA